CCGUGUCUCCACCCUCCCGACAUCUGCAGGGACUCCGGGACAAAUGCAAAAAAAGGGACCAGAGGCCCCAGAAAGGAGCCACUUCCAGGGCCCAGAAUCCAAGUCCCCCUCCCUGGUCACCUGGUCCCAGGAAGAACGCCCUGCACUGCGUCCUCCGGCCUGGGCUCCAUCCCAAACCAGUGCUCCCACACCCACUCAGCACGGGGGCGGGUGGGCCCCCAGGCCCAACACACGCGGGAUGUUACGAGCUGGGCCUCAGUUCCCGGGAAAAUAAAACAGCCCUAAUGAGGGUUUCCAUGAACCAGAUCCAAACACCACCAAGGAAGGAAGGGCGUUGGGAGCCUCCUAUGGGGACGACACACCACACCCAGGAGGGGUAUAAAAGCCACAGCCUGAGCACCUCACACACACACACACACACACUCACACACACUCACCUCCUCCAGCCCCACCGCCCCCACCAUGGCCGCCUCCACCCUGUCCGGCUGCUCCAGCAACCUGAGCUACGGCAGCCACGUCUACCUGCCCGGUCCCUGUCACCCCUGCACCGGCUCCUCCUGGCAGUGGGACGACUGUCCAGAGAGCUGCUGCGAGCCCCCCUGCUGCGCCCCCAGCGGCUGCACCCCCGCGCCCCGCCUGGCCCUCGUCUGCACCCCAGCGAGCUGUGAGCCCAGCCCCUGCCUGUCAGGCUGCACCAGCUCCUGCACCUCCUCCCCCUGCCAGCCGGCCUGCUGUGCGCCCGUCUGCUGCAGGCCUGUCUGCUGCAGGCCCGUCUGUUGCACGCCUGUCUGUUGCACACCUGUGUGCUGCACACCUGUGUGCUGUGAGGCCUCCCCCUGCUCGGCCUCCUCGUGCUGCCAGCCCAGCCCCUGCCCCUGCCCCUCGUCCUGCUGCAGACCCUCGUCCUCCGUGUCCCUCCUCUGCCGGCCCAUGUGCCGCCCCGCCUGCUGCGUGCCCGUCUCCUCCUGCGGGGCCCCCGCCUCCUGCUGCCAGCCCAGCUGCUGCCGCCCGGCCUCCUGCGUGUCCCUGCUCUGCCGCCCCGCGUGCUCCCGCCCCGCCUGCUGUGUGCCCGCCUCGGCCUGCGAGUCCUGCUGCUGACCGGGCCCGUCCCCCCGGGGCCAGCCGGGCACUGCAGGGGCCCUCACCUCUACCACAGCUGCCCCCCGGCUGCCUUCAGGGUUUUCCCUAGGAGCUGAGCUGCGUGGACAGCCCCUUCCCCUCUCAGCCCAGGAGGGGGUCCCGCCACACUCGGGAUGACCCUGCCCCCAGCCAGGGCCCCUCCCCCGAGGGUCGAGGUGCUCAGGCUUGGGGACCUUCCCCCACCCAGGCCUCAGUGGCAUCAGCUCCGAAGCUGCUUGGACACGUAAUAAACAGCCUGCGUUUAGUGGUG